UGUUGGUUCAACCUGCCUGAUUCGAAGAAUGAGUAGUGUCGUGAAAGAAAAGACGGGAUGGAACGUUAUAGAACAAUCUAUAAUUCAUAUUAUCAUUCAGCACAUGGGGUAAUGUGUGUUUAUGAUUUGACAGACGAGCGAUCUUUUGAUAAUUUGCGUAAUUAUUGGUUAAAGGAAAUUCGAGUGCAUGCUCCAUCAAAUGCAGUGCUAAUGUUAAUUGGAAACAAAGCUGAUUUAGAACAUAAAAGAACGGUUAAUUUUGAACGCGCUGAACGUCUCGCUAACCAGCUUGGAGUCUCUCUUUAUGAAGUGAGCGCGAAAACAGGUAUUAAUUGUGAUGAUGCGUUCUAUAAUUUGGCAGCAGCAAUGCGCGACCGCCUUUUGGUAUCAAGCAUGCAUUCCGAUUCAGAAGAUAGCGAUCAUCUUGGUUCUGCCUUUCAUGUUGAUGGUGUUACUCUUUCUGACAAGAAGUCAUCCUUUUUACCAUCAUGCUGUUCUUCGGUAGCACAACCAACAUUUGUUUGAUUUCCGUUACUCCAUCUAUUUAUAUUGUUACCAGAGUGUGUAUAUCAACUAAUGGCAUUCUGUGUCACUAACUGAAAUGCACAGUCUCAGCUCGUACUUUCUGGAAAGAAACCUCAGUCCAGUAAGAAAUCAGAGAAACAGUGUCUGUAGUUUCAUAAGGCAACCUCCAUCACCAGAAAUUUGUCGGAAAAUAUCUUACCGAUGUUUAUAUGGC